CCUGCGAUAUUGGGAGUAAUGUCGUCCUCCCCAAACCUGGAUGUUAGCAAUGACAUCACAGAGGGGGUGUACACACCGUGCGACAUUGGAAGUAAUAUGAUCCCCUCCCCACCUGGAUACUGGGAAAGAUACCACAGCGCGGAGGAUCCAGAACUGCAGCCGGUCCUCGCUUUGCUCUCCCUGUACCUGUCCAUGUAUCUGGUCACGGUGCUGAGGAACCUGGUCAGCAUCCCGGCUGUCAGCGCUGUCUCUCCCCUCCACAACCCCAUGUACUUCUUCCUCUCCAACCUGUGCUGGGCUGACGUCGGUUUCACCUCGGCCAUGGUUCCCAAGAUGAUGGUGGACAUUCAGUCGCAUAGCAGAGUCAUCUCUCAUGCGGGCUGCCUGACGCAGAUGUCUUUCUUGGUCCUUUUUGCAUGUAUAGAAGGCAUGAUUCUGACUGUGAUGGCCUAUGACUGCUUUGUAGCCAUCUGUCGCCCUCUGCACUACCCAGUCAUCGUGAAUCCUCACCUCUGUGUCUUCUUCGUUUUGGUGUCCUUUUUCCUUAGCCUGUUGGAUUCCCAGCUGCACAGUUGGAUUGUGUUACAAUUCACCAUCAUCAAGAAUGUGGAAAUCUCUCAUUUUGUCUGUGACCCCUCUCAACUUCUCAAACUUGCCUGUUCUGACAGCGUCAUCAAUAGCAUAUUCAUAUAUUUCCAUAGUACUAUGUUUGCUUUUCUUCCCAUUUCAGGGAUCCUUUGGUCUUACUAUAAAAUCGUCCCCUCCAUUCUCAGGAUUUCAUCGUCAGAUGGGAAGUAUAAAGCCUUCGCCACCUGUGGCUCUCACCUAGCAGUUGUUUGCUGAUUUGAUGGAACAGGCAUUGGCAUGUACCUGACUUCAGCUGUGUCACCACCCCCCAGGAAUGGUGUGGUGGCGUCAGUGAUGUACGCUGUGGUCACCCCCAUGCUGAACCUUUUCAUCUACAGCCUGAGAAACAGGGACAUACAAAGUGCCCUGCGGAGGCUGCUCAUCAGCACAGUCGAAUCUCAUGAUCUGUUCCAUCCUUUUUCUUGUGUGCGUGAGAAAGGGCAACCGCAUUAAAUCUCUACAUCUGCAAAUCCUGCCCCUUAGUCACAUUAUUUUUGUGGCUUGAUGGCUUUUAUUCCUUUCCGCAUUUCCUUUGUGAAUAUUGCUUUCUUCGUUAUGCCUUUCACUGGAAUGGGUGAGGAUUCUGGGAUCCUCUGUUUAGCAGAAACCUCAUGACAGAAUCCUCUAUACCUAGGCGGCCUCUUUUACUUUCUGAGCAAUAACCCUGUUAUCCAGCUGGAAUCACAACCAUCUUUUUAUAUACACGAAGUCCUCACUUCAUUUUGGAAUUCCCUGAAACCUGACUUUAUGGAAACAAUGUACAGGAGGUCCUCCAACACCAUUGGUUGUUCAAAGUUGUGUAGUUACACUGUUGAUGAAAAAUAAGUGGUUUCACUCUACAUAAUUUUGCUUCAAGGUGAAGUUUCCAAGAGACUUUCAAAGAUGUUAAGUGAGGACAUACUGUAUAUCAAAUUCAUAUCCUCUUCCACAGUUCAUGUGGAAUUUCUUUAUAAGCUGCUUCUAGAGAAUCUAUUUAGGCAGGUUAUGUGUAGAGAUCCGUGUCGCCAUUCCUCAAUCUUGGCUUUGAGUCCAAUCACCUGGGGAGCUUACAAAUGAUGAGGCCUGGAUGUCAAUACCUGAGAUUCUGAUUUCCUUGCACCUGUGUGAGUAUGUGGAUUUUUUUUUUUUUCUUUUAAAGCACCAGAGGUGGUUCCAAUGAAGAAGUUUUUAGAGGCAUCAAACUCCAAUGAGUAAGAACAGAAAUUAAUUGUAAUAUGAUUUCUUCAAAUAUUAUCUUCAAAUGCAUUGUCCAUCAACACCAUACAAAUGAUUAUUAUGCUGUUUUUUCUUACCAUUUCUCAUUUUCUAUUUCUUUCUUUUCCUUUUUUUUUGAGUCAAGAGUUUCACUCUUGUUGCCCAGGCUGGAGUUCAAUGGCACAGUCUCGGCUCACUGCAACCUCUGCCUCCCGUAUUCAAGCAAUUCUCCUGUCUCAGCCUUCCAAGUAGCUGGGAUUACAGGCAUGCACUAACAUGCCUGGCUAUUUUUUUUUUUUUUUUUUUUGUAUUGUUAAUAGAGACGGUGUUUCUCCAUUUUGGUCAGGCUGGUCUUGAACUCCCAACCUCAGGUGAUCCGCCCGCUUCUGCCUCCCAAAAUGCUGGGAUUACAGGCAUGAGCGACCGCGCCCAGCCACCACUUAGCAUUUACAUUUUACAUUUGUUGAAGUUAUAGAUUUAUACACACAUUGAUUGCUGCUUUGUUAUACACUUGCAUAUACAUAA